AUGAGGCGAGAGGACGGGGGACACGUCGCGUGCGAGUUCUGUCGUCGCUUCCCGAGUGAAGCCAUGAAGCUGAGCUGGGCUUUCGUCUUUGCCUUCUCUGCCCUCACGUCCGCGGACGAGCGCGUGUGGGACGGAGCGAGCGAUAGCUGCUGGUUCCUGACCGAGGGCGGGACGGACGGGCAAUGCCUGGCGGAGGAUUGCUGCGCUGGCUCCGAUUGGGUCGUCGGGGAAUGCCCUUCCUAUGCCAAUGACUGGCGGUGCUGCUUCUCCUAUAACCAAUGCGCCGACGAAUGCGGCAUUAAUGUGUUUUUGUGCGACGAACUUCACAGCCCCUCCUUCAUUGGGGGUCCAGUGUUCUUGCGGCAUCUAAUCAUUAAACUCGAUAUGCAUCUUACCCCGCACAUGUUGAGCAUUGGAGGGAGAGGAGGCACCAAGAAAGAGGGACGAGAAAGUCGUUCCCUCGCGCUCCUCUCCCCGAGGUCAUGCUCGGACUCGGUGGCCCGGGACUAUGCGUGCAGGCUGAUGGUGAUGUACGAGGCCGGGAGGAUCUUCCUCAAGCCGAAUCACUUUAACGAACUGGGCAACGAUCCGUACGACGGCGCCUCGUCCCUCUCGAACAUCCUGGACACCUGCCAGGGCAAGCAGGUCAAGAGAUCCGCGUAUUGCGCCGAGGCGCCGGGCGGCUGCACGUGUCUCAGAGGGUCCAUGGUCAAGGCGCUCUACGAGUACGCGACUAAGUUUUGGAACGAAAACGGCGAACGUCUAGAGGAUCUUGCCGCAGGUGAAUGCACUCGCCGGAAGCUGCCAUUCCUCCCUGAACUCGUGGCACUACGUUGGCAACACGUUCGACGUUUCCUGCUCCACUCCCUUGUGAGUUCCAUCUGCCUCCUCUUCUCGUCUAUGAGAGAGCGGAGGAUGAGAAGUGCUUUCGCGUUCAGCUGGCACUGCGAGGAGCUGGUGGAGUUCGUCCGGCAAUAUCCCCUGGAGGAGCUGUGCUAUCCCGGCGGGCCGUGCUCGGGGCACGAUACCUGGGUCCAUGCCGCCUUUGUCUGA